AUGGCAGAGCAAACAGAUUCAGUCAUAACCGACAUCCUCAAGAAGAUUGAGAGGGAGAGGAAUAUUGCUAUUGGUGCCAAUAAUCUUCGUAAGGAGACAAACAACACCAGUGUGAUUCAGCGAUGUAACAUUCAGAUAAGGGUGGCUCAAAAGAACAUCGAGUAUUUAGAAGAGACUUUAAAAAAAAUGACUUUAAAGCAGAAACAGAAGUAUCAGAUAGAGCAAAACGGCGAAGAAGCACAAAUAAACGACGAAAAGAAGGUCAUAAUGCCAAUACAUAAACCAACAUUUACUGUUUUAGAUCUGCUAAAAUACGAGUGCCCAUCCUUAGGACACAAGAUUCAGUACAUGCUUCAGCUACUUCAGUUCAAAAAACAAGUUGAGGAAAAAUAUCGCGAGGCUAACGAGAAGAUUUACAAACUUUAUGAGGCUGACGGAGAUAGAAGAUCAUUGGCCUUAGCUGAUGAACAACGCUUGGAUAGUGACAGAAGACUUCAGCUAAUAAAAAAAUCCAUGAAGCAAUAUCAAUCAUUAUACGUUGAUGUGGAUGAAAUUUCUCGUGAGAACGCUGUGAUAAACACAUACCAUAAAAAUCCUUUGACAGGUACUCUUUCUCUCACAAUCACCGCUAUCAGAAAUGUCGACCAUAUCUCGUCUCCAAUGCUACAGCGUAAUCCAGAAUGCACAAUUGUGAUCAAAAUUGACGAUACGACACGUUUGAAAACUAAAUCUGUUAGAACAGAUAGGUGGAACGAGAACUUCACCCUAGAAGUGACUCAAGCAAACGAACUUUCUUUUAUCAUAAAUGACAAACAGGACGGACAGCAAAUUCCAGUUGCUUUAUGCUGGCUUCCACUUUCCGAUAUUGCUGAAGAGAUCAGGCGAAAAAAAGUUCGUCAAAUGGAAGGUGGACAAAAAGACGCAUGGAUAUCUGCAUCCUCUCUACAAAUGCAUGCAUCCAACGGUUUAACCUCCGCAACAGAUUUUAGUGAUUCCACAAUUGGUGGAGGGGCCGCAUCCAAUGGAAAAGCCUCGGGUCUUUUAUCAUCCUCGUCAUCCUCUUCGAAAAUGUCGAAUCUUUCAUCCCAGGAAAGGGAAAAAUCACAGGAUCCAACAUUCAGCUGCUGGUUUGAAUUGGAACCAGCCGGACAGAUCCUUGUUACACUUGGAUUUGUGAAAGGCGAGACAACUAAUGCCUCCCGUAUGGGUAAGGCAUUUAACGGCUUGGGAAGGCACGGUGCAAUUAGACAAAGGAAAGAGCAAGUUACGGAAUACCAUGGCCACAAGUUUGUUCAGAAACAAUUCUACAAUAUUAUGUGUUGUGCAGUUUGUGGUGAUUUUCUUCGUUACACUGGAUUCCAGUGUCAGGAUUGCCGAUUCCUUUGCCAUAAGAAAUGUUACAAAAAUGUGAUCACAAAGUGUAUAUCAAAGCCAAGCUUGGGAGGUAACACCAGGGACGAUGACGAUGAUGAGAUGACUUUGAAGCACCGUAUUCCUCAUCAUUGGGUGCAGGUUACAAACCGUGGUACCAAAUGGUGCUGCCAUUGCGGCUACAUUCUUCCAUGGGGAAAGAAAAAUGUUCGAAAGUGUGCGGAAUGUGGUCAGAUGUGCCAUGCUUCAUGUGCUCAUCUGGUUCCAGAUUUCUGUGGUAUGUCCAUGGAGAAAGCAAACCAAAUAUUGCAAGCCAUUAAAAUGGCUAAGGAAAGAAAGGCUCUGAACGAUGCCCGCAGACUAAGAUUGCAAGGUGAACAAGAAGAAAAGGAGAAACAGAUACAGCAAGCAAGGCAAAUUGAAAAGCGUCAGAAACAAAUGAGAAGACAGGAGGAGGAGAGAAGACGGGAAGAGUCGGAAGAAAGACAGAGAGAAAGAAGAAGGCAGGAAGAAAUCACUUACAGACCACAGGAGGAACAAGUAGAGAAGCAAGAGAAGACGGACAUAGUAACAGAUUCUCGGGUAGAGACGACGCAGAGGACAGAUACAUAUCCUGAAGUUGCGGUGACAAAGGAGAAGUCGAAACAAGUGUUGAGGCAGCAAGUAGAUGAGAAAACACAGAGAUAUUCUCAGGGAGAGAUAUCCGAAUCAACCGACAAUUCCUCAAAGCAGAUUUCAUCAGUUGCUGGCAGGACUAAACAUCACCAUCACAGACAUCAUCACCGUCAUAGACAUGGACUUGACGACUUCAAGUUUCUUGCGGUUCUUGGUAAGGGUAACUUUGGUAAGGUGAUGCUUGCCGAAUCCAUCCAUACCGGACAACUAUGCGCCAUCAAGGUGUUGAAAAAGGACUUUAUCAUUCAGAAUGAUGAAGUUGAGAGUACUAGAGCAGAGAAGAGAGUGUUCCUGAUUGCCAACAAGGGACACAAUCCGUUUUUGAUCAAGCUACACCAAUGCUUCCAGACGGAGAACAGAAUCUACUUUGUGAUGGAAUACAUUCCAGGCGGAGAUCUUAUGUGGCACGUUCAGCAGAGGAGGUUUUCACAGAAAAGAGCACAAUUCUAUGCGGCCGAGGUUCUUUUGGCACUCAAGUAUCUGCAUGAAAACGGCGUGAUAUACAGAGAUUUGAAACUGGAUAACAUUUUGUUGACAUCCAGCGGACACAUAAAGCUAGCCGAUUAUGGACUUUGCAAAGAGAAUAUGUGGCUGGGAAACAAGACGUCAACAUUCUGUGGUACGCCUGAGCUUAUGGCACCCGAAAUUUUGAAGGAGCAAGGCUAUGGUAAGGCAGUUGAUUGGUGGGCUUUUGGUGUCUUGUUGUAUCAGAUGCUUCUUACAAAGUCUCCUUUCCGCGGUGAGGACGAAGAUGAGGUGUUUAACUCCAUCCUUACAGAUGAGCCUCUUUAUCCAAUUAACAUGGCUAAAGAAGCCGUCGAUAUUCUUCAAAGAUUAUUGACAAGAGAUCCAGAGCAGAGAUUGGGUAGCGGAGCACGUGAUGCGGAGGACAUCAUGGAACAUCCUUAUUUUGCCAACAUCGAUUGGAAUGCCAUUAUGCGUUGCAAAGUGACACCACCAUACAUUCCAGACAUUAAGGAUCCUAGAAAUGUUGCAUGCUUCGAUGAGGAGUUUACUUCUCAGGCUGCAAAAUUGACUCCGGUGAACUCUAUAUUGACACCAUCGAUGCAGGAACAAUUCCGCGGAUUUACCUACGCAAGUGGGGAGAAUACCGCCUGUUAA